UAUCGGCGCAGGCACCAUCGAGCCGCGCGGCGCUGUAUCCUUUCCAUCUUAUAUGAACCGUUAUUCUCAACGCCCGGACUAGGGUCCCAAACACUUGAGCAGUACUCAACUUGGGGGCAGACUAAGACUUUAUAAGCUUUGGCUUUUAAAGCUGACGAAUUUGCCCGUACGUUUAGUAGUAUAGGAGGGACCGUUUACUCCACUUUUUUGCGCAGGAAUUUCAUUAAGUUGCGCAGGAAUGCAUUAAUGCCAAUGACGUCAUAACCUUUUGUCUUUAUCGCAUGAAUAAAAUGCGCAGGAAUCUCAUUAAGAUAAGGUCGUGUGUUAGAACGAAAGACAAUGCUUUACCUACCCGUCUCCUUUUUAAUUUUUAUUCCUUCCUCCUCCACACUUUUAUUAUUUUCCCUCCUCAAUGUUUUUAUUCCCUCGUCCACAAUUUUAUUAUUUUCCCUCCUCAAUGUUUUUAUUCCCUCCUCCAAAAUUUUAUUAUUCUCCUUCCUUAUUCUUGAAUUCCCUCCCUUUCCACAAUAUUAAUCUUUCCCCACCUCCUCCUCAUACUUUUGUUAAUCCUCCUCCUUCACAAUUUUUAUUAUUUUCCCUCCUCAAUCUUCAUUUGCCUCUUCCUUCACAAUUUUAUUAUUUGCCUCCUCCACCUCCACCUCCUCAUUUAUUCUAUAUACUUUUCCACCCACAAAUACAUCGACCUCCUAUCGACCCUACAUCAACCCUACAUCGACUGCAAAUCGACGCCACAUCGACCCUACAUCGAUCCCACAUCGACCCUACAUCGACCCCACUUCGACCCCAUAUCGACCCUACAUCGACCCCACAUCGACCCUACAUCGAUCCCACAUCGACCCUACAUCGCCCCUACAUCGACCCCACAUCAACCCUAUAUCGACCCUACAUCGACCCCACAUAGACCCCACAUAGACCCUAGACUCACCUUUUUUAAACACAGCUUGGUCAAUAGUAAAUAUAUACAACCACCACCACAUUUUUCCCUCCAAAAUUUUUUUAUUCCCUCCUCUACAAUUUUAUUGUUUUUCCUCUUCAACGUUUUUAUUCCCUCCUCUACAUUUUUAUUAGCGACCUUAAGUUUAGGUGGACGGUGACAUAGAGGACGGUGACUCUGGCCGCGGCGGCUUGGAGAGGGACGACGUUGACUUGGCGAGAGAAACAAACUUUAAGUUUCAGUAGAGGUGACGGUCGAAGACGUUUUUUUUCACUUUAUUGAAGGUUUGAGAGAAUGAGUUCCCUGAAAGAGAUCCGAGAGAUUUUGGUCUACUUUUAUAUGAUGGUGUCAUAUCAGAUGAGGAAUUCGUUCAAUGAAAACUAGUUGAGCACUUUGUUACUCUAAAGAGAAUGUUUGUCGCUUCAUUGAGCUCAUUUGCGAUCUACGUAUCGGCCACAUUUUCCCACGCUCCACAGUUCUUAGAGUAACAACGGCUGGUAAUCGAGCUUACACAGUUCUGGGCUUGAAGCGGUAGGGUUCACUUACAAGAAUUUCUUUAGCAAGCUGAAUAUCGUGAACUUUAGUCCACUCCACAGUCUUAAAAUAAAAACAAAUUAUACGAUGGACAAUGUGCGCGAUAAACAAGCCGAGUUCCUUCAUCUUGCUUUAUCAAGGGGUUUACUUUGUCGAAUAAAUGAACCUAUGAACACGUAAUUUUAUUUUGGCCUAUAACUUAAGCAGAAAAAAUGAACUGAAUACUUCGUGAACAAAGAAAAGGGUAGAAGCCGAUGUUCACAUGAUGCGAGAGUAUUAAAUGUGAUAAUUUUAUCGCUGGGAAUUCUAAUCCUGCAGUUGCACCAUUUGGACAAGUUCAGUGUGCUAUAUUCCAUCAUAAAAUAGUGUUAUGACAAGUAAUUGAGAAAGGUUUACCAUUUGAAGUAAACUAGACAUUUUGAAGAUAUUUUGAAGACAAAAACACGAAGAGAAAACUCACGUUCUCGAGACACCGCCGCACUAAGCCUUGUCACCGUCGCGAAUUGCAGUCGACGUAAGCUGGACGGCUAGAUAGAUGCAAAUUAGGCCCAAAUCGGGCAACUUUUAUUUCCGGUUGCAGUCCUUCACCCUACCGUCCACCCUAACGUGAGGUCUGUAUUAUUUUCCCUCCUCCAUGUUUUUAUUGAAUCCUCCUCCUCCUCCUCCUCCACCUCCUCCUCAUUUUUAUUAUUUUCCCUUCUCAAUGUUUUUAUUCCCUCCUCCUCCUCCUCCUCAUUUUUAUUGUUUUCCCUCAAAAAGGCCAAAGAGGUCAAAAUCAGACCUAAAAGGCCAAACUCAAAUGCGAUGGCCUGAUUUUGACCUCUUUGGCCUUUUCGAGAGAAAACAAUCGAAAUGUGGAGGAGGUGGAGGUGGAGGUGGAGGAGAAGGAGGAGGGAAAACGAUAAAAAUGAGGAGGUGGAGGAGAAGGAAAUAAAAACAUUGAGGAGGGAAAAUAAUAAAAAUGAGGAGGAGCUGGCGGAGUAGGAGGAGGAUUCAAUAAAAACAUGGAGGAGGGAAAAUAAUAAAAUUGUGGAGGAGGGAAUAAAAGAAUUGAGGAGGGGAAAAAUGUGGUGGUGGUUGCAUAUAUUCCCUAUUCACCAAGCUGUAUUGAAAAAAAGUUGAUUCUAGGGUCGAUGUAGGGUCGAUAUGGGGUCGAUGUGAGGUCGAUGUGGGGUCGGUGUGGAAGGAGGAGGGAAAAUAAUAAAAAUUGUGAAGGAGGAGAAUAGAAAAGAAUGAGGAGGAAGUGGGGAAAGAUUAAUAUUGUGGAUAGGGAGGGAAUUCAAGAAUGAGGAGGGAAAAUAAUAAAAUUGUGGAGGAGGGAAUUAAAAAAUUGAGGAGGGAAAUUAAUAAAAUUGUGGAGGAGGAGGAAAAUAAAAAUGAAAAGGGAGACGGGUAGGUAAAGCACUGUCUUUCGUGCUAAAAAAGGGCUAGUUUGCCUUUGCCCUCAUGAAUAUGUACGAUUUGCCCGUCAAAGGUCAGUGAACCGGAACUAGGACACUCACAGCAGUAGGAAAUAGGACAUGCAUAAUUACGUUACCAACUAACACACGACCUUAUCUUAAUGAGAUUCCUGCGCAUUUUAUUCAUGAGAUAAAGACAAAAGGUUAUGACGUCAUUGGCGUUAAUGUAUUCCUGCGCAAGUUAAUGAAGUUCCUGCGCCAAAAAGUGGAGUAAACGGUCCCUCCUAUACCACUAAGUUUCUUUUAAGGAAGCUAAGCGUGCGGUUUGCCUUCAGUUGGCUGUUAUCUCGUCAAUGUGUCGAUUCCACUUGAGAUCUUUUGAGGGCCAUAUACCUAGGUAUUUCGCGUGAUCAACCUCCUUUCUUGGAGUGCCAUGCAGGUAAUAAGUAUGUUGGAAUGGGGUUUUAGACGGCGAGAUCAGGAACACCUCCCACUUAGUGACAUUAAACUCCAUCCUCCAAGUUGCCUCCCAUUUCUGAAGCGCGUCAAGGUCAUCCUAGAGCUGUCUGCGGUGAUCUUCACUUGUGAUAGUCAAAUAGAGAAUGGUAUCGUCGGCGAAUAGGUGAACCAUUGAUCUUAUGUUCUGCGGGGGGAUCGUUAAUGUCUACCAAAAAGAGCACUGGACCUAUGACGGAGCCUUGAGGCACACCAGAAAGGACAGCUACAAAAUUAGACCUCUCGCCAUCGACCAGUAGGCAUUGUCGCCUAUUUUCAAGGAAGGCUUUAAUCCACUUCAGAGUGUCGCCUCCAAUACCAUAAUUCUCCAGUUUAUAAAGAAGUCUGUUGUGAGGAACCUUAUCAAAGGCCUUUGAACAGUCUAGUAUGAUGAUAUCAGUCUGCUUAGCAUGCGAGUUGUCGACAACAUCAUUACAAACUCAAUUAGCUGCGAUUAAUACGACUUGAAUCUGCGAAAGCCAUGCUGCAAAUGAUAGAGGAGAUUGUGAUGUUAUAGAUGUGACAUGAUACUCCUAGUUGCUCUAGCAAUUUACUGCAGAUACAUGUCGGGGAAAUUGGUCUGUAGUUUGCAGGACUCUCCUUAUCGCUUUCUUAAAGAUGAGUAUUACCAAGACUUUUUUCCAGUCCUCUGGUACUUGGUGAGAUGAUAGGGACUUACUGAAGAUCUUCUGAAGGACUGUUGCUAUUACUGAAAGCUACUGAAGAGAGCUCCCCGAGGACCAUGGUAGAAAGACCAUCAUGCCCAGCGGCCUUGCGUGGCUUUAGGUUAUCUAAUAGCUUAGCUUAGCAAAGUGAGUUGUAUCACGUCAGUUGAUGGUAUUAAACUCUGGUUAUUAACCUGAUUGGUCAAUUAAGUCGCGAUGUUAUUGGUCGUCUGUCAGUUAAGCGAUGAUGUUUUUGGCUAUGAAGACUCGUAAUAUCAUUGGUGCGUUUCGAUCCGUCUUUUGUCACAGUUAAACAGUCGUUUAUUGUCAGUCAAAUUGUCAGUUGUCCAGUUAGUUUUGCUUGAUUCCGUCAAUAAGUUGUUUGUACUGUGCCGGUAACUGUUGACUGCGAUUCAAAGGUGUUUUUUCUAAGUUAGUAAACCAGCUUUCUAAAGUGAGUCGUUGAUAUGAGUAGUCUGUAGAAUAUGUUAUACAUGUCGCAGAGUCCCAGUGGGUUUGAUGUUUCGUCUGUUAAUGGCAUGGUGCUCAGCAAGGUGAUUGUUGACAGGUUUUGCAACUGAUUUUGAGUUCAUUGUUGUUAUUGUUGUUGACUUUUCAGUUUGAUUAUAUGUUAUUCCUGGCCCUGUUCAGCUACGUUGUUCUUGUUCGUCAAGACAAAAUUCCUUCCAUCGGCGAAAUUGUGCUUAUCAUCUUCGUUUGUACUUUGUGCGCUGAGGAAAUCAGACAGGUAACACAAUCUUGUAUAUAACGACCUCUAGCCUAGCUGGUGACUCUUUGACACUUCAAAAAGAGAUAACUUAUGUACUACAUACAUUGAACUUCACUUGCUUUGAGAAGAGACUAUAAUCUUGCUGAUUUUGGUGCCCCGCGUACGGUACUCCUUGGGCGCUGACAGAUUUUAACACACACUUUUUUCAAGUACCGAGUGCUAGGGAUCGAUGGAUGGAUGGACGGAUAGAUACUUUAUUGGUAUGGACAUCGCAGCCAGAGGCUGAAUCACGUAUAUACAUACUAAAGACAAAAACUACUAAAUUAAAAAGCAUAAAUUACAAUCGAUUUAAGAAAUUCAAAAGUUAUAACUAUAAAGGAUAUCUACAAAAAAUAUAUAAAGUACGAACAAAGAUUUAUUUGAAAAAAAAACUGGUGACUGUUAGAAUGAGUUUACCCGAAAGUAUUGGGAAUUAAUAAAACAACUCUUGGCCCUACAAGUUUUAAACUUGACACCAAAAGUCCUGGCAUGCCUGAAGGGGUUUGACUGUGUAUAUUGAGUAAAAUUGCGGAACAAUUCGGUUUGCGAUUUAAAUAAAAGAUUACUCUUUUUUGGUAGAUUCUUCAGUCCGAACCACCAACACUGAAAAACAAAUUCAAAGCAUGGGCCUCCAGUUACUGGAACCGUCUCGACGGCCUCGCAGUGGUAUCGUUUUUCAUUGGCCUUGGACUCAGACUAUACCCACCAACGCGUGAUGCAGGUCACGUGGUUUACUGCUUUGAUGUGGCUAUGUGGAUUAUGCGUUUGAUGCACUUUUUUUAUGUUAGCAAAUACAUGGGACCUUACGUGGUGAUGAUUGGCAGGAUGGUAAGGGACGACAGUUAUUGAAUAUCAUUUAAAUAUUUAGCUCAAAGUAACACGCCGGGUUACAUAGUAAUUUCUCUAUUUGGAGUUCAAAUUUACUACAUUGCAUUAUUUAUAAGCACGCAUGAUUCAUAUCCUUUACAUAAUUGUGAUCGUUACAGUAUACAAGUGUCACAUGUUGACUUAAAUAGUCAAAGUAGAAAAGAAAAGUGGCCAAUUGAAAGUGGGCAAAAAAUAACGGGGAUUCAGUCCAACCUGGUUGGAAUGCUUUGAGCGCAAGGCAUGGUAAACUUGUCGGGGUUCAUAACUAUUAGAUUAUGUUAACUAUAGCGUAUAGCUCUCUGAUUUUAGCAACCAAAUUGAACUUACAGGGUAAUGAGUAAAAACAAUGCUAUUUCUAGAUUAUAUAUAUUCUCAUCAUAAAAACGAAGGGCAAGUGCUAAUCGGUUCUGUUUGAAUGUCAAGUAACUGGAUGAAAAAGUACUUUUACGUCAGAGAUUUCACAUUUUGAAAAGAAGCUUGAGGCAAUUAAAGAAAACAUAUUCAGGAAAAUUUACCUUGAUAUUCUUUUAUUUUUGAGUCAUAAAAUAUUUAGGAAGUGCGAGAAACACACUACUGUAGCUUUUUCGUAUUUCUUUAGCAACGUUGUUGUUGUUGCUGUUUGCUUAUUUACUUGAUGGUGUUUAUUCGUGUAAUGCAUGCUUGUCAGGGCAUUGACCAUUCUAGCCUUGCCAAUCAUUUUUUAUUUAAUAUCUUUUGACUCCUUAGACUCUGGAUUUAAUGUAUUUUCUUCUGAUCAUGGUGGUUUUUUUCCUGGCUUAUGGAAUUCCUCAACAAGCUCUCCUGUACCCAAACGAAGGUCCUUCCUGGUCCAUGGCAUCUCAGAUCUUCUUCAGGCCUUACUUUCAGGCCCAUGGAGAACUCUUUUUGGAUGCUCCAGAUAAAAGUAAGUAUUUCGUUUUUAUAAUCGCAGAAUACCAGUUGAUGGCUACCAUUUCGUGAACAUGUAUUCGAAAAUAGAAGUUUUGUCGAGCGCAAUAGUCCGCGGUUACAAUUAUACUUCCACAGAAAACUUUCGUUAUUCAGCUCGUCUUUUCCUUUGUCUUAAUUUGAUCUUCGAUAAAGAUAUCCUUUACACUCGAAAUGUGCUCCACUUGUGAUUGGGGCUCUAUGAGCCUAUGGGUCUGUGGUCCCACGGUUUCUGGGUUUAUGUGUAUGUGGGUCUGGCUGUGGUAGCUAAUUGUCUCGUAUAUUUUAUUCCAGUUGAAAACACGACGACCGUUUUUGGCACUGCAAGAAAAGAUAGCUACGGGGACACAGUGGUGUUAUUCAUGACUGCGAUUUACUUGCUUGUCGUCAACAUUCUUCUGUUAAAUCUUCUUAUUGCUAUUUUCAAGUAAGUCUCCAACAGUAAAUUGCUCUAUUAAAAAGUUGCCCAGGGUUCGUUCGAAUGACCAUAUUCCGGAGUAAGAAAACAUGGAAUAGAGUCAAAAAUCACUUGUUUUACAAUAGUAAAAUCUAGAAAUCUGGAGGAUAUUAACAAAUGAGAUGAAAGUGGUCUUCUAAUGGUCCAAAAAGUGGGGAUUGAACGGAUUUGUCACAAAUUUCUGCGUAUUUUUAUUCCAGAAUUCGAUAUGCAUACAGAAAGAUCGUCAUAAAUAGUCGACUAAUUCGUUACGCUAUCACCGUACUAUUACUUACAUGUAGACCUAGCCUAGAUAAUCGAACUCUAGUUUUACAAUAACUGAGUCAUUUCUCGCGCGCUCUUUUGCCGAGAGCUAUGGUCGAUAAGAUUGCAGACCAUGGAAAUGAUGUGAUGUUGGCACAAUUUGUUUUUUUCUUUUCUCUCGCGCGCGAAUUUUCGAGAAGCUUCAACCUAAAUGGAUUUCAACAACCACCAAUGUUACUGCAAAUGUAUUGACGACAAUUUUCCAUGGUCUGUUCUCUUACAGACCAUAGCAAUGACGUCAAAAAUGUUCAAAAGUCAAGUGUAACCACUAGUCGCAGGCGAGUGGUUUUACUGCAAACAUUUUAACACGUUGACAUCAUUUCUAUAGUCGAUAAGAGUACAGACCAUGGAAAUUUGUCGUGGAUUUGUUAGUUCUUAAAAUGAUAAUAAUGAUAGAACGCUAGUUCUAUCGACCUCAACUCUGUGCCUGUCACUGAUUGAGUUCAACUGAAUUCGGUAAUCGAACAACAUAGAACAAUUACCGAACCAAUCAAACGUUUUCCACGCAGGGUGUCAGAGGCCUGUCCUUACGCUACGAAACUUAUCGAACACAAUGGAACUUAAUUCGAUUGCUUUGUAAUAGACCUUUUGGUUGCAAGUCCAUCGCUCUCACCACUUGGCCACGCUGUCUCCAAGAUUGAAAAACGGAACGAUUAGGUCCGAUUGCCUCCGACGGGGAUGGAGACCGUGCUUAUUGAGGUGCAGUCUCCAUGACACUUAAAGUUAGACUACUGUAACCGGGGCCAGUUAGGCAAAGUUGACCAACUGGAUUACAGGAAAAUAACAAUUACAUUCCAAGAAAGUUGGUCCUGAGCCAAUCAGCAGCUCGUAAAAAAAAAUGGCAAUAAGUUACUCAAAGCACAGAUUUAAAUAUUGAUAGCAAACGUUUAUCAAGAAAAAUGUUUCGCCAGACAAUGUUUUUCUAUUCGAACCUUUACACUGAUAUAACACCCAGGAGACAUUUGUUUGACACACGCUGUUAUUUUGUCAUCUACCAGCAAUUUUUUUUUCGCUUCCAUUGCCGCGCUUUGCACCCGGGCUUUGCAACAACAUCACGAGCUCAAGUCAAAAAUUUAACUAACCGGACUAACGUGUACGCUUUUUUUGCCUCCGUUAUUCACUCUAACAGACUUCUCUGGAAAGACGGGCUUUCUUCAGCGGUUCCAUAGGUAACUUCUAUAGGUUGUAACUGGUUGAUUUCGAUCCAUUUUGUUUAUUUCGGUUAUGAUUGACACCUAACUUUCCCGGAACGUAUUGUCAUUUUCCUGUAAUCUGAUUGGUCAAAUUCGUCUAGGUGGCCCCUGUUAUAGUAGUCGCACUGUAAAGACACCUAAAAAUAUUGAAACGCAUGAAAAUCGCUUGAAAAACCUUAACUAUUAAUGGUGUCCAAAGCACAUUCUUAAUGACAAAAUCAACUAUCAAUCAAAUAUCACUGAAUUAAUUGUAAAAGAUAAGGUGAAAAUGGCUUGAGAGUCGGCAGCGUGUGCCUUUUAUGCCAUAAUUCUUACAUCUUUAUCUACAUGUAGCUAUUUAACUUUCAUCCUUUACACCUGUGGAGGUGGUUGUGGUCGAGCGGUUAACACCUCGAACUCUGGAUCUGAAGGAACUGUACUCCACUUUGUCUCUCCUCACUCAGGUGUAUAAAUGGGUACUGGCGACAUACUCCUGGGGGGUAACCCUGCGAUGGACUAGCAUCCCGUCCAGAAGAGAGUAGCAAUACUCCUAGGCAUGCCUCAUGCUAAGGAAACCGGGAUAAUAUAAGCUCCGGCCGUUUGAGCCUUUGGCUCCGUGAGCCUUUGCCGUUACCCUUAAUUUACAUAUUAUAGCUAUUUAACUUUCAUCCUUUGCAUCUCAGUAAUACGUACGAGAAGGUGCAGACCAACGCAAAACAGAUCUGGAUGUUUGAGCGUUACUACCUGGUUACAGAAUACAAGCAGAGACCUGUCUUGGUACCACCGUUCAUUAUCUUGAAUCAUGUGAUCUACGCUAUAAGAUUCUUGUACCGCUGCUGUUUCAAGAAAUCUUGCCAUCGAAAUGGAAAUCAAGACGCUGCUUAUACAGUGACAAGUAAGACGUCUAGUUUUUAAAACCAAAGCAAAGUUCGCCAGAACUUCGUGGUCUGAACUAUUCAGAUCGAAAAAGGGAGAGCAGAAGGUAACUUUUAAACAACUGCGUCUUGAUUCGAUCCUGAUAUAUAUGAAAGAAGAAUGCGCAAUUGCUAACCUUCAGUGUUAGGCUUUCAUGGUUUUUGAUGACAGAAACGAUGGGAGAUAACAUUCUAAUCACACACCAGUUAAUCGGGUCAACAUUAGAUUCCACCGUCCAGAACCACAUUAGACACGUCAUGAUUGUUACACAAAGCAGUUCAUCAUAUAGAAGCAAGUGCACUGGCUAUAGUGAUCAAGGUUGAAAACUGACUAUGAUAAUUAGGGUUAAACACUGACAAUAGCGAUUAGGGCUAAGCACUGACUCGAAAUGGUUAACUUUCAUUUACUGUUAGGUCUGUCACCAUAAACAUGUAAAACGAAGCUGAUCUCGCAGUCGAAUCCACCGUGGUAAAGGUGGUGGAGACGAUAGGACUCGGUGCCUCGGUCCCGGGAUCAAUAGGACUUAGAUUAAGAAAAGAGAUUAGAAGGGCAGACGUUUGAGUGACUUAGAAAUUUCAUGUAAGGGUAGCUAAGAGGGGAAGGUGGUUCUGAAGAAUGGAAUCGAAUGCUGACCAGUUAAUCGCCAUGUAAGCAGCUGUAUUUUAUCUUUCCCUAGGGAAUUCCUAUGACAAUAGCAUGAAAAUUUUCGAAGAGCGAUGCGUGGAUGAAUACCUCAGAGAGAAAAACGCACUGCUUCGUGCCACCCAAGAAGAACAAAUCAGAGUGAUCAAUGAUAGGUAUAACCAGCCGGAAUUAUGCUUCUAG